AUGAAUUUUAAAAGGUUGAUUACAACAUCUUUUACAAAUCAAAUAAAAAAUAUGAAAUUUAAAAAAACAAUUAGUUUUAAACCAUUUGAUAUUAAUAAUCGAAUUAUUUAUGAUAAAGAACCUACAAUAGUUUUUAAAGAUCAAAAAUCAUGUUUGUUAAAAGAUACAAUUUCAACAACACUUGAAGAUGGUAGUAAGGAAUUAAAAAUAAAAAUUGGGAGAUUUACACCAGGUUUAGAUUCAAAUAAUAAUUAUAUUUCAUCAGAUAUCUUUGAAAUUAAUAUUAACAAUUAUUCAAAUAAAAUUGAUUUAUGUUUGAAUGGUAAAAAUCCAACAUUUUUAAGAAGAAAAGGAAAAAUACCGACUAAAGUUAAAAAUUGGGAACAAUUAUUAGGAGAACAAUUGGAAAUUAGAAAAUCAGUCACUUUGGAAGAUGGUGAUAUAAUAUCUUUUUUAGGUUUAAAUGGUACAACUUCUUCAAUACAAUUUACAAUUGAAGAAGAUAAUGAAAAUGAAAAAGAAAAAGAAAAAGAAAUGGAACUUGAUAACGAUAAUACAAAUACAGAAUCAAUUCCACCAAUAACAUCAAAAUCAACAUCAACAUCAACAUCACUUAUAGAUACAAAUAAAAUUCAAUUGAAAAAACAUUUUGAAGAUCCAAAUUCAAAGAAUGUAGGUCUUUCAGCAUUAGUUUAUUUUUGUAAUAAACCAGAAUCAUUUCUAGAUGUUGUUUUAUAUUAUGAUGAUAAAACAGUUGCGGUACUUGAUAAAUAUCCAAAAGCAAAACAUCAUUAUUUAGUAAUACCAAGAGUUGAAAUCAAUACAUUGGAUGAAUUAACACCUUCUUUCAUUCCAAUGUUAGAACAUAUGUAUAAUGUUGCUGAUGCAAUUAUAAAUGAAAUAAUUUCAAAAGAUAAUGAUGACGAUAAUUUAAAAAAAUCAGAUUUCAAAUUAGGUUUUCAUGCAAUACCAUCAAUGAAAAGACUUCAUCUUCAUAUUAUCUCAAAUGACUAUAAUACUAAAUAUUUAAAAAAUAAUAAACACUGGAAUUCUUUUACUACUGAAUUUUAUAUUCCUUUUGAUAAAAUCUUAAAUGAAUUAAAAUCAAAUGGUAAAGUUAAAGUAAGUAUAAAAAAAAAAAUAAAAAAAAAUAAAAAAAAACUAAUUCACUAA